CUUUUUAUCACAAACUUCGGCGAUUUCAAAUUCGAUGUUAUAUUUCCAUUAUUUCACAUUGAAUAAAACUAAAUUUACGCAUAGAGAAUUGCUUUGCGAUCGUGCUAUCGAGUAAAUGUUGUGGUGAAUUAAAAUAACACUUGCAAAGAACUUUAAAUUCAUUUAAUCGUGCAACUUUGUUUCAUCCUUCUAAGCUCACUAAAACACUGUAACUCGAGAGCACAGAAAUAUCAACAGCCAAUCAGAAUGCGCGACGGUAUCGCCCUCUGGGGAACGUGGAAGUCCGAAUAGGGUUUAUGCUGCUAGCAGCAAAAACCCUAAAAAUUAAAAUUUCACAUUUCAUAAAAAUGUUAUCAGAGAAUGCAAAAAAAAACCAAAACAAACAUUCUUAUCAAAAGGAAGAAAUUUGAACUUUCAAAUUUUUGCAUCAGCGUCAAAUUUGCUCAUUUACUGAGCUUUAAUGGCUUUGGUUGUAUUAAAAUAUACGUUAAUAAUGGCAAUAUAAACGUAACGUCAACAGAGAAGCAUUCGUACAGUUCGUUUCAAUCAUAAUCCAUCAUCUGUACCGGUUUCAAAAACUGAUCGAAAUGGAAAAAUCAUCGAACGAAAAGAAGACGUAUCGAAGAAAAGUCGAAAAAUCUGAUGAAGAACAAUCAGAUGACGAUGAUUAUGUUCCUUAUGUUCCGGUAAAGCAACGGAAGCAGAUGCAAUUGAUGGCUCUUGGUCGUUUAACCAACGAAAAUUCUGCACCCAAAACUAAAUCAUGCAGUGAAGAUGAACACGACGAUGAAGAAGAUGAAAUGACCUGGGUCAGAAACACUAACGUCAGUUUACUCGAUCAACACACAGAGCUGAAAAAAAUGGCCGAAGCUAAAAAAGAAAGUGCUCGAGAACGACAGCUUAAAGAAGAAGAGAAGAUUUUAGAGAGUAUCGCUGAAAAGAAAGCUUUGAUGGGUGUGGCCGAAUUGGCUAAAGGUAUCCAGUACGAAGACCCUAUUAAAACAAGUUGGAAGCCACCGCGAUGUAUAUUAGCAUUACCUAAAGAAAGACAUGAUUAUGUUCGAAAAAAGCUCCAUAUUCUCGUCGAAGGAGAUGAAAUACCUCCACCGAUUAGAUCAUUUAAAGAAAUGAAAUUUCCUCGCGGAAUUUUAUCUGGUCUGCAAGAGAAAGGCAUUCUCAAACCUACUCCUAUUCAAGUUCAAGGAAUUCCUACCGUGUUAUCGGGUCGAGAUAUGAUUGGUAUAGCAUUUACCGGUAGUGGAAAAACAUUGGUAUUUGUCUUACCCAUACUGAUGUUUUGCUUAGAACAAGAAACCAAGUUACCUUUUAUUCAAAACGAAGGACCUUAUGGAUUGAUCAUUUGUCCGUCUCGUGAAUUAGCUAAACAAACUAAUGAUAUUAUCAAGCACUAUAGCGAUUGGUUAUUCAAAACUGGUUCGCCUCCUAUUAGAACUUGUUUAGCGAUCGGUGGUGUUCCUCUUUCUGAAGCAAUGGAUGUUGUACGAAAAGGGGUACAUAUUAUGGUAGCCACUCCUGGUCGUCUAAUGGAUAUGUUGGAAAAAAAGAUGAUUCAACUGGAUGUCUGCAGAUAUCUCUGUAUGGAUGAAGCCGAUCGUAUGAUAGAUAUGGGUUUCGAAGAAGACGUGAGAACUAUAUUUUCUUUCUUCAAGGGUCAAAGACAAACUUUACUUUUCUCUGCCACUAUGCCUAAGAAAAUUCAGAAUUUUGCGAGAUCGGCUUUAGUGAAACCAAUAACUAUCAAUGUCGGACGUGCCGGAGCUGCGUCUAUGAACGUUAUUCAAGAAGUAGAAUAUGUGAAGCAAGAGGCAAAAAUCGUGUAUCUUUUAGAAUGUCUUCUAAAAACAGGCCCUCCUGUAUUAAUAUUUGCUGAAAAGAAACAAGACGUCGAUGCUAUUCACGAAUAUCUUCUUUUGAAAGGUGUUGACGCAGUAGCUAUUCAUGGUGGAAAAGAUCAGGAGGAAAGAUCCCGUUCUGUCGAAGCCUUUCGUCAACGGCGCAAAGAUGUGUUAGUGGCGACUGACGUUGCGUCCAAGGGUUUAGAUUUUCUAGAUAUUCAGCACGUCAUUAAUUAUGAUAUGCCGGAUGAUGUUGAAAAUUAUGUUCACAGAAUUGGAAGAACAGGACGUUCAGGAAAGACUGGAAUCGCAACCACCUUCAUUAAUAAAACUAACGACGAAUCCGUAUUACUUGAUCUUAAACAUUUAUUAAUUGAAGCUAAACAAAAAGUGCCACCAUUCUUAGCUCAGUUACAGUCAGAAAAUGAAAAAUAUCUCGAUCUUGGAGAUGAGAAAGGGUGCAGUUAUUGUGGUGGUUUGGGACAUCGUAUUACUGACUGUCCGAAAUUAGAGGCGAUUCAAAAUAAACAGGCUUCCAACAUCGGUAGACGCGAUUAUCUCGCAAAUACGACUGUUGAUUAUUGAAAUUUCGACGAAUUUGUUUAUUUCAUUUUGAGAAUUUUGAAAAAAAUUUCCAUUGUAUGGGAAUGUUGUAAAUUAAUUUUCCUAAUGAGCACUCGGUCGAGUCUAUUGUUUUUUUUUGUAUAUUUCGAAUUUGUAAUAUUCAUAUUGAAUGUGUAAUAAAUUGAAUUUUGUAUUUCCA